UGGUGAACAGUGAGAAGAAUGCCCCUUACAUUGGCAGUCAGUGAGAAGAAUGCCCCUUACAUUGGCGAUCAGUGGGAAGAGUGCCCCUUACAUUGGCGGUCAGUGGGAAGAAUGCCCCUUACAUUGGCCGUCAAUGGGAAGAAUGCCCCUUACAUUGGCCGUCAGUGGGAAGAAUGCCCCUUACAUUGGCCGUCAGUGGGAAGAAUGCCCCUUACAUUGGCCGUCAGUGGGAAGAAUGCCCCUUACAUUGGCCGUCAGUGGGAAGAAUGCCCCUUACAUUGGCCGUCAAUGGGAAGAAUGCCCCUUACAUUGGCCGUCAAUGGGAAGAAUGCCCCUUACAUUGGCCGUCAAUGGGAAGAAUGCCCCUUACAUUGGCCGUCAAUGGGAAGAAUGCCCCUUACAUUGGCCGUCAAUGGGAAGAAUGCCCCUUACAUUGGCCGUCAAUGGGAAGAAUGCCCCUUACAUUGGCCGUCAAUGGGAAGAAUGCCCCUUACAUUGGCCGUCAAUGGGAAGAAUGCCACUUACAUUGGCGGUCAGUGG